GGCGAUGCCUUGCAAUGAAGGAGUUUGUGCGUCUCCUUGGUUACCUAUCGGAAACGGAAGAUGUUUUGCAGGCAGUUUUAGUGAAUUGUUUGUGUAGUUGGUGAAACACGAGUUGUUAUCCACUUUAAUUUAAUUUAAUUUCUUAAUUGUGACUUUAUAUAGUUUAUUUGAGUGAAAAAAUUAGUUAUCAUGUCUGGAGGAUUGCGAGCUCUCGCUAUUACCCAAGAUGAUGUGUCCAAAUUUCUUGCUUGUCACACACAUCUCGGUGCUAAAAAUGCUGAUUUUCAAAUGGAACAGUAUGUUUUCAAGCGACGUGGUGAUGGUGUUCACAUAAUUAACCUUCGCCAUACUUGGGAAAAAUUGCUUCUUGCUGCUCGAGCUAUCGUCACCAUUGAAAAUCCAGCAGACGUUUGUGUAAUCUCUUCUCGAGUCCAAGCUCAGAGAGCUAUUCUUAAGUACGCUACAUAUACCGGUGCUACUCCAAUCGCCGGUAGAUUUACUCCUGGUACUUUUACAAAUCAAAUUCAAGCUGCUUUUCGGGAACCUAGGCUUCUUGUUGUUACUGAUCCAAGAUUGGACCAUCAACCAUUGACCGAAGCAUCUUAUGUUAAUAUUCCUGUUAUUGCUUUCUGUGACACUGACUCACCUCUUAGAUUUGUCGACAUAGCUAUCCCUUGUAAUAACAAGGCUCCACUUUCAAUAGGUUUAAUGUGGUGGAUGUUAGCUAGAGAAGUUCUUAGGUUACGAGGAAAGCUUUCUAGAGAGAUUCCUUGGGAAUCAACAGUUAAAGUAGAUUUGUUCUUCUACCGAGACCCUGAACAAGAAGAGAAAGAGGAAGCCGCUGUUACUGAAACUGCUAAACCAAUUGCUCGAGCUGAAGUUGAUGGAGCUUACGCUGAAGAAUGGACUACUUCCGCUCCAGUUGAAACUCAUGAACCUGCUGAUAUCCCAGCAGUCACCGGAACCGCAGUAGGAAGCAAUUGGCCAUCAGCCGGAAGUGCUGCAGCAUCAGUCCCCGCUCCAGCCCCUGUAACUCGUGACUGGACUCCUCAAGUUAUCGGAGAUUGGGGAGCAACUAAUGAUGACUGGGCCUAAUUCUUUCAUGUAGAAGGGAAUUCAAAACUCUUUUGAUUAAACUAUGAUUUUGUCAAUUAA